UUUCUUUUUUAGUUUUUCUUUCAUUAAUUUCUUGAAUCUUGAUUUUUCUUUCCCUUUGAUUUGCCGCGUCUCACGCAUGAUGGGUGCCCCUCAAUCUAUAAGAAGCGCUAAUAUGACUCCCAUAAAGAAGGAUCUGUGCCAAAGUCUAUCUCAAACUAGAUCCAUUCCCAUUCCCCAUCUAUAAUCUAUACUUCGGUUAUCUUUAUGCUCCUACCUCUGACAUCAGAGAAGUCAAUUCGUUCCACCAUGGCUCAUCAAGUAGUCUCCACUGUCCGCCUUGAUCCAGAACAUAACUCCUGCAUUGGCGGAAGAACGGUCUUGACGUGCCGCCAUUGUGCAGGUAAUGCACCAAGUAGCUGCAGUGGUCGUGGCUUCAACAUUUUUGUCUGCGCACAUUGCAACCCGGCGGCUGCGGCCCAGGCGUCUACUCCCGAUUCAUCUACUCCAAAUUCCCCGGCAUCGCUGAGCAGAAGCUCCUCGACUUCAUUGUCUCCCAAACGAGAUCUGAGACAUAACCAACCGUGGAAACGGUUUGAGGAUGGCAAUGACGGUCCCGGGGGUGGGAGAGUUGGAACCAAUACCAAUAGGCCUCGCGGCUCAUAGAUGGCCUGGGUGGGAUGGAUUCGCCUGCUAUACAAACGAAUUAUGCGCUCGCUUUGCUUCUCAUGCAGCGAGGAGCAUUGAAUGUUAUAUAUUGUACUUUGAUUGAUGUUUGGGUUGGUCGGUCU